CAGGAAGGAAAGUGACAGAUUAGCCAGUUGUGAGUGACUGAAGCUGUGUGAACAGACCAGCUCACUUAGGCGGCUAAGGGACAGCUAAAAGGUGACUGAAGUAAGGAAGAGUCUGUGCUCAGUGGUGUGAGGAUUUUCUAAAUUUAUGAUGAGAUCACUCAGAAUACACUUUCUAACACUGAUACUUUGCUUUAUCACCUUUUUGGAGGUUUCUACUCAGUGGAAUGAUGCCACUUUCAGAGUUUCUGUCCCAGAUGUAGUAACACUAGAAAAUGGCAGCUUUAAAAAUCUAAGUAUUGAUGUCAAUACUCCACUGAAUGAGACUGUUGUGUUUUUAUUUAAUAUUACAUAUUCCUCAAAGAACAAAACUAUUGUCUACCUUCCAGAUCAAAUUGUCUUACCAGAAAAUAAAUACCAUUCUGUUUUCACUGUGGGAGCAGUGGAUGUUGGACAAGUUACUGCUUUUUUGCAUAGUGCUGUUUUAAACAAAACAGGACCAAGAAUCCGGUUCUUAGUGAUUCACAGCCUCAGUCUGCAAGUUGUGGAACAGAUUAUUGGCUGGAUCUAUUUUCUCGCCUGGUCAGUGUCUUUCUACCCACAAGUGAUUGAAAACUGGCUUAGGAAAAGUGUUGUGGGAUUGAGUUUUGACUUUUUGGCAUUAAAUCUCACUGGUUUCAUAGCCUACAGUGUAUUUAAUGUUGGACUCUUCUGGAUACCGUACACUAGGGAACAGUUUAUUCAAGUACAUCCCAAUGGAGUGAUCCCAGUCGAUGCCAAUGAUGUGUUCUUCAGCCUUCAUGCAGUGCUACUAACUGUUGUUGUAAUUAUUCAGUGCUGUAUUUAUGAGCGGGGAACGCAGACUGUUUCUAAAGUUGCUAUUGGAUUUCUGAUCGUCGCCUGGGUCUUUGCAUUCUGCAUGCUCUUUGUUACUUUGGCUGGCAAGGUCUCCUGGCUCCAGUUUUUAUUCUGCUUUUCCUAUAUAAAGUUGGGUGUAACACUAACUAAAUACUUCCCACAGGCGUAUAUGAAUUUCCGUCGUAAAAGCACAGAAGGAUGGAGUAUUGGAAAUGUAUUGCUUGAUUUCAUUGGAGGCAGUUUCAGUAUUAUCCAGAUGUUUUUACAGUCUUACAACAAUGAUGAAUGGCAGUUAAUAUUUGGAGAUCCGACAAAGUUUGGUCUAGGGGUGUUUUCCAUCCUUUUCGAUAUUGUCUUUAUUAUCCAGCACUAUUGUUUAUACAGGAAGACACAAGGAUAUCAAAAUGUUUGAUAUAGGUUAUCUAUAAAGUUUGGACUAAUUAGUUGUGCAAUCGAAUGCCUUAGUAUUAAGGGUUUUUGGAACCUCACUCAGUCCUAUGCUUUAAAAGCCUAUCCUAGGAUUUUGGAUACUCAAGCCGCCAUUAAUUUGAGUCAACUGCUAUGCAUCUCAGUUUACAUUAGUUAUCUAGUGAAAGACUGUGGUAAGCGUUCACAAAUCUGCAUUUGUGUUUGCAGUGUAUUUUUCUACUUUUUUUUUUUAUACAAGAAGACUUCUCGGUGAACCUGUAAAAUUCUCAAAUUUAAGAGAGUUGCAGGCAUCUCUCAAAACAAUACAACUUCAAACUGUAAAGCAUUUAAAUUCAUCAUUUAUGAAUGAAACAUCUUCUGAAUCAUCAAAGGAUAAAUCAAAGUUCUGCAAAUGUUAGUGAAGCUUUAUGUUAUGCUUUAAGUCUAGUAUCUGAACACCCAAAGACAAUUUUACUAGAAGUAGUUAGUAUGGCUGAUUAUCAGCCUUCACAAUGAAUGCACUUUAACCAGGACAAAACAAAUGAUAAUUUAUAUUUUGUUAACUAAACCAUAAUUACUUAUACAAUGUAUUUAGGGCCAGAUUACAAGUGGAGCGGUAUUUAACACUCCCGCUCGAGCGUUACCUUUGCUAGAAGUUUUUUUUGCAUGUGUCAGGUUGCGCUCGUAUUACAAGUUGAAAGUAAACUGUUUUUGGUCGCAUGCUAACCCAACGAGCGUAAAAAGCCAAACUUACAAUAUCGCCCGCAUGACAACCUAUUGCCCCAUAGAAGUCAAUGGAACAAAAAAUUUUGGGGGGGAAACACCUUACUCAUGCGCAAACCCUACUGUAUAUUCCCAAGUGUGCUAACCCGACAUGAAAAUAUAAAUAUUUUACGUUCCAAUGUUCUUCACAUUGAAGAAUAUGUUCUAUUAAUUCGUAAAUACAGAUUUCUACAUAUAUAUGAUGGUAGUUUGGUGCAAUAUAUAUAUGCAUAUAAUAUAUAUAUAUAUAUAUAUGAAUAUCUAUUUAAAAAUACAUAAAACAUAGUCUGCUGCUAUGUGCAGAACAUUGGAAUGUGAAAUAUUUACUGUACAUACACAGUUAAACACUUUAUUAAAAAUGAAUAUUGCAUAAAUAUGUUUUUACAUAUUUUUAUCUACUUAACUGCUAAGGGCUCCAAUGCACUUAUAUAUAUAUAUAUGUAUACAUACAUAUGUAUGUAUGUGUUUAUAUAUAUAUAUAUAUGUCUGUAAAUAUAUGUACACACAUAUAAACAUAACUUUUGUGCAGUAUUUUUUUUAUAUAUAUAAUUUUUAUUAGAUUGUGUUUCGCAAAACAGUUAACCAGAGCUCUGAAGUCGCGUUAACUUCAAUAGUGCUCAAGCGGUCGCAUUUACUUGCGAUUACAUGGUAAUACAAACGCUAAACCUGACACACAAAAGCCUGCGAUAAACCCUGUUUAGCUCGCAUGUAACUGUUAGCGCUCCACUCUUAAUCUAGCCCUUAAUGUAUUAGUCAUUAGAUUAAGUUUACACAUAAUCAGCAGUUAAUAAAUUAUGCACCUAGUAUCUAAUAAGAAUACAAUGUUAGAAAGAAAAUGUUUUUUGUAAGUGGCAAUGGACAUGUUUAAUAAAUUAUGGAAAACAAAAUUUCCAGCUUUAAAAGACUAAUUAAGUCUAUAAAUGAAUGAUUCAAAUAUUUUAAAUAGGCAUAAUACAUUUAAGAAAAAAUAAUUCUACAGUGUAGUAAAUAUUAUGUGAAUUGUUUGUUCUUAAUAAAUUAAACGGUUUAACUUUUAUAUUAACCAAAUAUGAAUUUAUGACCAAAAAUAAUAAAAAAAUGGAAUUUAAAAGUA